CCGGACGCAGACCCGCCUGCUUCUCCUCCUCCCGGGAGGGCGGGCGGCUGCAGGGCGGGGCGGGGCUGGCGCGGCCUCCUGGCGACGCUACGGCCGCUGCUCUCCGGCCGGGCUCUGCGGGCUGCUGCGGGAGUGGGACCCGGGAGGCGGAGGCGCUGGGACAGUGAACCAUGGAGCUGUAUUUUGGUGAAUACCAACACGUGCAGCAGGAAUAUGGGGUCCAUCUGAGACUCGCCAGUGAUGAGGCCCCGAAGCCAAGGAAUUCCCAGCCCUCAAAGGCAGGCUCCUAUGGUGUCAGUAUUAGGGUCCAGGGAAUUGAUGGUCACCCUUACAUAGUCCUGAACAACACCGAACGGUGUCUGGCAGGUACACCUUUUCCAGAAAACGUUCCAGCGUUCCCAUCUUCGAUGAUAAAUAAUCUGUCCUUACAUCCAAGCAACGGGACUGCGUUGAAGGAGAACAAUCCAGAGGAACUGCAGCUUUCAGAAAACCCAUACCUGCAAACUAGCCCAAUAAGAAACCAGAAGCAGUCCCCCCUCCACGAGGGCAGGAAUGGAGUUGUAGAGCACAAAGACCGGCCCACAAAAUUACCCCACGUGCUGAACUUUCAGAGGCACCCGGAGAUUCUGCAACCCUAUGACCCUGAAAAGAAUGAGGUGACCUCAAAAAAGCAUCACCCUCCGGAGAGUCCCUGGCUGAGAAAUGCAGCAGAGGAAGGGACCAACUACAAGAAGCCCCGGAAUUGCUUUCCUAAACCUUGCAGUUCCCAGCCCAACAGCCCUCCUUUGGAAGAUGUAGCCAAGGCCAACACGACCGCGAUCCGUCUCUGCAGCUCCGUGGUCAUAGAAGACCCCCAAAAGCAGACCUCAGUGUGCGUGAAUGUUCAGAGCUGCGCCAAGGAGGGGCUGGGGGAGGAGGCCCUUUCCCCUAGACGGAAAUCCCCAACUGCCCCUGGCCCACAGGCUUACUCUGAAACCAAGAAAAGUAGGCCAGAUGUGCUCCCCUUCCGGCGACAAGAUUCUGCAGGACCCAUUCUGGAUGGAGCUCGGUCACGGAGGUCAUCUUCGUCGUCCACUACCCCCACCUCAGCCACUUCCUUGUAUAGAUUUUUACUUGAUGAUCAGGAGUGUGCCAUCCAUGCUGACAAUGUCAACCGCCACGAAAACAGAAGGUAUAUCCCCUUCUUGCCAGGAACUGGGCGGGACAUCGACACCUGCUCAAUUCCUGGUGUGGACCAGUUAAUUGAAAAAUUUGACCAAAAGCCUGGGCUUCAGAGAAGAGGAAGGUCUGGGAAGAGAAACAGGAUUAAUCCGGAUGACAGGAAGAGAUCUCGAAGCGUAGAUAGUGCCUUUCCGUUUGGUCUCCAGGGAAAUACAGAAUACCUCACAGAGUUCAGCAGGAACCUGGGCAAGUCUAGCGAACACCUCCUCCGGCCCUCCCAGGUCUUCCCACAGAGGUCGCUGGCCCCCGAGCACCGUGGGAAGCACAGUCCAAGCUGCACACUUGCAAAGCCGCAGGGUACUACACAGAGUGCCCACCCCAAGCCUCCCCUGCAGAACAAAGAUGGGAAAGUUCUGAACAAAGGCAGUCAGGAAAGCGUGGUGGCUUGUGCCUCCUCCCUUCCAGCACAGAAUAAAAAGGAGGAGGAAAUCAAAAUAGCCACAGCCACGUUGAUGUUACAGAACCGGGCCGUGGCUGCCACACCUGAUUCUGGUGCCAAGAAAAUUUCGGUGAAGACUUUUCCUUCCGACUCUAAUACGCAGGCCACACCAGAUCUAUUAAAGGGACAGCAGGAGCUCUCGCAACAAACCAAUGAGGAGACAGCCAAGCAGAUCCUUUACAAUUAUCUCAAAGAAGGAAGCACAGACAAUGAGGAUGCCACCAAACGGAAAGUCAACCUGGUCUUCGAGAAAAUCCAGACCUUAAAGUCUCGAGCAGCAGGGAGUGCACAAGGCAAUAAUCAAGCUUCGAGUUUUAACUCCGAAGUCAAAGACCUAUUGGAGCAGAAGAACAAACUGAUCUCAGAAGUGUCUGAACUACAGAGGCAGCUGCAACUGGAGAUGAAGAACCAUCAGAACAUUAAGGAGGAGAGAGAGAGAAUGAGAGAGGACUUGGAAGAGCUACGAGGCCGGCACCAGAGCCAAGUGGAGGAGACAGCCACCCUGCAGCGACGGCUAGAGGAAAGUGAGGGCGAGCUUCGGAAGAACUUGGAAGAGCUGUUCCAGGUGAAGAUGGAGCGGGAACAGCACCAGACAGAGAUCCGAGACCUGCAGGACCAACUGUCAGAGAUGCACGACGAACUGGACAGUACCAAGCAGUCUGAGGACAGAGAGAAAGGAGCCUUGAUCGAGGAGCUCUUGCAGGCCAAACGGGACCUUCAGGAUCUGCUCAUUGCCAAAGAGGAGCAGGAAGAUCUCUUGAGAAAGCGUGAGCGUGAACUGACUGCCUUGAAGGGCGCCUUGAAGGAGGAGGUUUCCAGCCAUGACCAGGAGAUGGACAGGCUGAAGGAACAGUACGAUGCUGAGCUGCAAGCCCUCAGGGAGAGUGUGGAGGAGGCAACCAAGAAUGUGGAGGUCCUGGCCAGCAGGAGCAACUCAUCAGAGCAGAGCCAAGCAGAGGCUGACCUGCGUGAGAAAGUGCUGAAGGAAGAGAACGAGAAGCUACAGGGAAGGAUUGUAGAGCUGGAGCGCAGACUGGCCCAGCUGCAGAGGCAGAUCGAGGAUGUGAAAGAUGACGAGGCCCACGCAAAGGCGCUACUCCGCAAGUGUGAGAAUGAAGUUCAGCAGCUAGAGGGAGCCCUUGCACAUGCCAGACAGGAAGAACAGGAAGCCACCUCUGCCAGAAGAGCUCUGGAGAAGGAGCUGGAACAUGCUCAGAGAGAGCUGAGUCAGACCUCCCAGGAGCAGAAGGAGCUAUUAGAGAAACUCCAGGAAGAGACAGAGCAGAAGGAGCAGCUGCGAAAGCUGAAGAAUGAGAUGGAGAGCGAGCGGUGGCACCUGGACAAGACCAUCGAAAAGCUGCAGAAGGAGAUGUCGGACAUUGCAGAGGCCUCCCGAACAUCCUCUUUGCAGCUGCAGAGGCAGCUGGGUGAGUAUAAGGAGAAGAACCGCCGGGAGCUUGCCGAGAUGCAAACUCAGCUGAAGGAGAAAAGCCUGGAGGUGGAAAAGGCCAGACUAGCAGCCGUGAAGAUGCAAGACGAGUUGCGCCUCAAGGAGGAAGAGUUGCGGGACUACCAACGAGCUGAGAAUGAAGCGCUCACAAAGAGGCAACUUCUGGAGCAGUCGCUGAAGGACCUGGAGUACGAGCUGGAGGCCAAGAGUCACCUCAAGGAUGACCGCAGCCGGCUCAUCAAGCAGAUGGAGGACAAGGUGUCCCAGUUGGAGGUUGAAUUGGAAGAAGAAAGAACCAACGCUGAUUUGCUGUCUGAGAGGAUCACUUGGAGCAGGGAACAGAUGGAGCAGAUGAGGAGCGAGCUACUUCAGGAGAAAGCUGCCAAGCAAGACUUGGAGUGUGACAAGAUUUCCCUAGAGAGACAGAACAAAGACCUAAAGAGCCGCAUUAUCCACCUGGAAGGUUCCUACAGGUCCAGCAAAGAGGGUCUGGUGGUGCAGAUGGAGGCCAGGAUUGCAGAGCUGGAGGACCAACUAGAGAAUGAGGAGAGGGAUCGGGCCAACCUGCAGCUCAACAACCGAAGGCUGGAGAGGAAGGUGAAGGAGCUGGUGAUGCAGGUGGAUGAUGAGCAUCUGUCACUGACGGACCAGAAAGACCAGCUGAGCUUACGCCUGAAAGCCAUGAAGCGCCAGGUGGAAGAGGCUGAAGAAGAGAUCGACAGACUGGAGAGCUCAAAGAAGAAGCUCCAGAGGGAGCUGGAGGACCAGAUAGGAGUAAACGAGCAGCUGCAGGGGCAGCUCAACUCCAUGAAGAAGGGCUUGAGACUUAAGACGCUGCCUAGUAAAGUCCUGGAUGACUCGGACGACGACGACCUCAGCAGUGAUGGGGGAAGCCUCUACGAAGCGCCACUGAGCUAUUCCUUUCCCAAAGACAGCACCCUCACCAGCCAGAUCUGAGUCUGCUUCCAGGCCUGUAGAUCCCAGAGGACUCUGAAGCCAUCCAGAGCGGGAGGUGCUAAUGGAGGCUUGUGAAUGGAGUCACACCCACAGUUCCCACCUCAUAUCCUCCCCAGGGCCUCUAAGUGGCUCAGUGACCUUGGAUCUUAGAUAGGGAGCUAUUGACAUUGAAAAUGACCUAAGGGGGACAUUUUGGAAGACGGAGCUAAGAAGUCCUGGUGUGCACCGCUGCCCUCCAUCACCCUUUCUCCUCCCCCAGCGAGGUUCCAGUAUGCCAGCUGCAAUGAGAUAGCAACAUGUAGGGAUGAAAUGUAUAGACUGCACAUAUUUUAAACCAGACCUUCUCAAGGACUGCUGCUACUUUAGAAUGUUCCAGAGCCUUUGGAGUGUGACAUCUUUGUAAAGUUCGCACAUCGACAUGGAUUAUCUUUUAAAAUACGAAGCUACCAGAUCUCAAGUAUUAAAAAGCAGAGGCAAAGGGGGAAGAGUGGAGGCUACUCUGGAAAUCAGAAGGGGUCACAGAGUGGAAAGUUAGCACUGGGAAUCCAGUGGGCUGUAUGGGAAAACUGCUCAUUGAUGUUGGAGAGGGGACUUUUAGCUAGGGCUGAGCCUAGGGCCUUGGUUGCUUAUUUUAUCUAAACCAUACUAACAACACUUCCCAUUCUCCAAUUUCUUUCAAGCGGGUAGAAUGGUGAUACAGGUGGGAUUUUUAACAAGUGCUGUGCUUCUCAAAGGACAAGAGUCCUGGUGGUGUGUCUCAUUGGUCCUUUUCCUCCGUGGCAGGCCACCAAGUGAAGCUUAUUCAGACCCGGGAUUGGAGGAGUAGGAGAGGCUAUGAUGUGAGGGCUUAGAUGUGAGGUGGACACAUCCAUCCCACCACAGGGAAAGGGAUAAAGGGAGAUGGGGGUGUGGGGCUGGUGUAAGAAGGAAUGCAGAGAAGUUCAUGAGAGUUAGGGAAUGUGCGAGAAAGACGGGGUAGUGUUGAGCUGUAAUGAAGAGGGUGGGGUGUGUGAGGUGCAGCCAGCGACAUGACACUAGACUGAGAUUGAGAGAUGUUUGCAAGACCAAAGCUCCUCUCUUCCCUGUGGUCUUGGUAGAUGAAUCCAGGGACAAGUCAAGGAAUAAGGUUCCAGGUCCUUCUCAACCUGGCCCUGUGACCAUUCCUCCAUUUUCUUACGUAUACAUGUUUUAGGUCUCUCUCUCUCUCUCUCUCUCUCUCUCUCUCUCUCUCUCUCUCCCCCCCCCUUUAAGAACUAAUCCUGCUCAAGAGUAUUUUCUCUACCUAGAUUAAAAAUAUUUUGUGUAAACACUUGUUGCCAAAUGCAAUGCUGAGAAGACAAUCACUGUAUGGCUUUUAUAAAUUGUUUCCUGCUUCA